AUGGAGCAGAUCAGUGGAUACUCAAGCAAAAGGUACACUAGCUCUGCUACCUUUCAGUUUCUCUGUAUCACCAUAGAAACUGUAAUCACAGCGACUGGGCUCAAUAUCAAGACCAACACGAGGGUCGAGCAUCUCCCAGAGUCGGAGAAGAAGAAACAAAAGAGUGUUAGUCCAUUGCAAGACUUUCUGGGGGCCGCACAAACUCAUGCGUCUAACUUGCUGGCAGUUGAGGCCACACCCACUGACCACACACCCUCAACGGAGGAGGCUCGACAGAGUACUGGGCCGAGACUGACAUUGGAGCAAUACUUCACUGAGCCUAACAACAAGGAAGAGCCAGAUUGUAUUGGUAGAGCUCCUGAAGUGACCACUAAAACACAGAAACUGAAAGCAACUGUUUGUUUGGCUGAGGAUUUUCCACUGAUUGACUGCAUCGUGGUAUCAUAAUAGGCUGUACCCCGGCUAUAUCUUGAGUUGUAGACCCAGGGCAAUAUAUACACCACAUUCAGUACAUC